CAAGCGGAGGAGAGUCAAACAAUGUAUGAAUUUUGAAUAGAGGGAUCAGAAGAAACAAUGGGAACGGUUCUGAAACUUCCGAUCAUCGAUCUUACUUCUCCGGAGAAGCUUUCUAUUUCCCAAUUGAUUCGUCAGGCUUGUGUGGAUCAUGGAUUCUUCUAUCUCACGAAUCAUGGCGUUUCGGAAGAGUUGAUGGAAAGAGUGUUAACGGAGAGCAAGAAACUAUUCUCUCUUCCUCUUGAUGAGAAGAUGGUGAUGGCUCGUCGUGGUUCUCGUGGUUACUCACCUUUAUACGACGAGAAACAUGAAUCCUCUGCCAAGUACAAAGGUGAUUCCAAGGAGAUGUUCACGUUUGGAUCUUCAGAAGGAGUUUUGGGACAACUUUACCCUAACGAGUGGCCUCUUGAAGAGCUUAUGCCGCUUUGGAGGCCAACCAUGGAAUACUACUAUAAAAAUGUCAUGGAUAUUGUUGGUAAGAAAUUGCUUGGCCUAGUGGCUUUGGCAUUGAAUUUAGAGGAAAACUUCUUUGAACAAGUGGGAGCCUUCAAUGAUCAAGCAGCAGUUGUUCGUCUCAUACGUUAUCCAGGAGAGUUGGAUUCAUCUGGAGAAGAAACAUGUGGGGCUUCUGCUCAUUCAGAUUUUGGAAUGAUAACUCUUCUUGCAACGGAUGGAGUUGCAGGCCUUCAAGUUUGUAGGGAUAAAGAUAAAGAACCAAAGGUUUGGGAAGAUGUCGCUGGAAUCAAAGGGGCUUUUGUUGUCAAUAUCGGCGACCUUAUGGAGAGAUGGACUAAUGGUCUUUUCCGAUCAACCAUGCAUAGAGUGGUGUCGGUGGGGAAAGAACGUUACUCGGUGGUGUUCUUCUUAGAUCCCAAUCCAGAUUGUAAUGUAAAAUGCUUGGAGAGUUGUUGCAGCGGAACUUGUCCCCCAAGAUUCCCGCCUAUUCUGGCCGGCGACUAUCUUAAGGAGCGUUUCAGGCUAACCUACGCAACCUCCUCCUCCUCCUAGUCUAAGUUUUUUGGUUACGAAAUGUAAAAUUAGUGAAAUGUAAAGGAAUCCCGUGGGACUUGAAAAUGAUUUAGUCAAAGACGCACAAAAAAAACUCGUGGAACUUGAGUGGGCGGUUACGUAUUUGGACCAAACUUAUACACGUUGCGAAUUUGUCUGUGGUCUAUAACGACAAUGUCUUUUAUCCAAAGCAUAAAUAUGUUUUGUCUUUUACGA